AUGUAUAUGUGGCUCUAUGAGUUUGGCAAUGGAAAAGUCAAGUAUCCUACUGGUUUACGUCAUGGGGAAUUGGCCAAGAUUGUUCGAUCAAAGCAGCCAGAGUAUUUCCCCAACCCAGAUACCAAUGCCCCAGCUCUGGUCUUGGGAGACAGCAACAAGGCAGGCUGUGGGCGUCAACGACGCCAAGCAACAAAAUCAGCUGCAUCAACUUCAACAACAACACCGCAGCUGCCCGUUGAAGCAAAGGCACUAUAUCCUUCACUCACCCAUUUUUCUUCUGUCUCAGAGGAAACUCCUGAUGAUCUGAGUCCAGCCGUAUACAGAAAAAGCGCAUGUCUUCUGGUUCAGAUCACAAGCGGCUGUCUAAGAAGCAAUCCGGUCAAGCCUCUAGAAGCAGAUCUGGUCAUCAAAGAUGAAGAUCACAAACCGAACAUUUCUUCACUAUCAAAAGCCACUGGACCAAUCACACCGAGUAGAUUAAAAGUGCGUUUUGAUCUUAAUGUCUGCAUGCCCGAAAACAAGAAAUGUACCAGCUCCAUUAGUUUGAGCAAAAUCAAAACUCUGUCCUGGGAAACCACAAAACCCAAGCAUUCAGCACACUCGCCAUCUAGCAAACAUCCAAUGCCGACAAAAAACUUGACACUUCUUGCCGAGACUUGCUCCCAGAUAAGCGAUGAAGAUAUUUGGGAGAAGAUGAAGGCUCUACAUGAAAGUCAUUGA